AGUCGGUUUGAAAAGAGCAGACAAAGGCUUUGAGCCCAGGACGCCCCUCUCUCUCUCUCACUCUGCCUACAAAGCCAACCUAGCUCUAUCUUUUCUGCUUUUCUACCAUGGAAAUGUUUUUUAAUAGGCGGCGUUAAGAGUGUUGGUUUUAUUUUUACUUUCUUUUUCUGAAAUGUACGACCGUCUGGAUCCCCGCUCGGCCGAGAGAGGAAGGCUUUUCGUAGGUAUAAUACAAGGAAGCGUCGUCUGAGAGAGGGAGAGAGGGGGAAGGAUUGACGCUUUUUCCUCCUCUCCUCCUCCUUCCUUUCGCCCCCUCUCCUCUUUUUGGCGGAGAGAGGAGUUGAGGCAGGAAUAAACGUUUUUUUUUGUUUUCCCCUUUUUUUAAUGCAUUUGAAUCCUACUGCGCAACGAGACCGGAUCACGUGGGGUUGGAGAGAGUUGGAUCGAUUUUGCACAGUUCAAUGUGAGAAAAAGAGAGAGAAACAAACAACUCCCCUUUCUUUUUUUUACUUCUGUGGAUAACUGGGACUGUUGAUACUUUUGCAUAAUUGCAUGAGAAGGGGAGUGGGUUCUUUUUUCAGCCUUGGAGGUGUGGAGUAUUAAUUCUUAUAUGCCUGGGGUUUGAAAAACAAUGGAGACGCACAUUUCGUGCCUCUUCCCGGAAAUUUUGGCCAUGAUUUUCAGCUAUCUGGACGUGAGGGACAAAGGCAGGGUAGCCCAAGUGUGUAUCGCUUGGAGGGACGCAUCCUACCACAAGUCAGUGUGGAGGGGGGUGGAGGCCAAGCUGCACCUCCGCCGGGCCAAUCCCUCCCUGUUCCCCAGCCUCCAGGCCAGGGGCAUCCGAAGGGUCCAGAUCCUGUCCCUGCGUCGCAGCUUGAGCUACGUGAUCCAGGGAAUGCCUAACAUCGAGUCCCUCAAUCUGUCCGGCUGCUACAACCUCACGGAUAACGGGCUGGGUCAUGCAUUUGUGCAGGAGAUCCCAUCACUGAGGGUUCUGAACCUGAGUCUGUGCAAGCAGAUCACAGACUCCAGUCUAGGCAGAAUAGCCCAGUAUCUCAAGAACCUGGAGGUGCUGGAGCUUGGUGGCUGCAGCAACAUCACCAACACUGGGCUUCUGUUGAUAGCCUGGGGCCUCCACCGGCUCAAGAGCCUCAAUCUGAGGUCCUGCCGGCAUGUCUCAGACGUGGGGAUUGGACAUUUGGCAGGCAUGACCCGCAGCGCGGCGGAGGGCUGUUUGAACCUGGAGUACCUGACUCUCCAGGACUGUCAAAAACUGACGGAUCUGUCACUCAAACACAUUUCCAAGGGGCUGACCAAGCUCCGGGUACUGAACCUGAGCUUCUGCGGGGGGAUCUCAGAUGCAGGAAUGAUCCACCUCUCCCACAUGACCUCCCUGUGGAGCCUCAACCUACGCUCCUGUGACAACAUCAGCGACACAGGGACCAUGCACCUCGCCAUGGGCACCCUAAGGCUCUCCGGGCUUGACGUGUCCUUCUGUGACAAGAUAGGGGAUCAGACCCUGGCAUACAUUGCCCAGGGGCUGUACCAGCUCAAGUCUCUGUCAUUGUGCUCGUGUCACAUCUCUGACGAUGGGAUAAACCGGAUGGUGAGGCAGAUGCACGAGCUGAGGACCCUGAACAUUGGACAGUGUGUGCGCAUCACGGACAAAGGGCUGGAGCUCAUAGCUGACCACCUGACCCAGCUGGCGGGCAUCGACCUGUAUGGAUGUACCAAGAUCACCAAGAGGGGACUGGAGAGGAUCACACAGCUCCCCUGCCUUAAAGUGUUGAACCUGGGACUCUGGCAGAUGACAGAGAGUGAGAAAGUGAGGUGAUUGGAAAGGUUUAGUUUUUUUUUUUUUUUUUUUUUUUUUCUUUUUGUUUCUGGAUGGGGACAUGAGGAGCAGGAGGAGGGGGGGAUAGUUGGGCGGGUACAUUUCUUUUCUUAUUAAAAAGGAGAAAACCUCCCUUUUCCCUCCUGUGUGGUUGUGUAAGGUGUGCGUCUCCCAUGUGAGCAGACUUUUUGAAGUGUUUUUAUUUUUCUCUCUGUUGGCCUUGCAGGAUUUCAAUUAGUGUUUGUUAUUAUGACUAAAUAUUCUGCCUGGUAAGAACAAAUUAAAACUUACUUUUGCUAUGAGCUCAUGAAAAUCCUUGUUAACUAUUGUUUUGAUCUUGUAUUGAGUUUAAAUCUGACAUCAGACUGGAAUAACCUGCAAUGCAAAGCUUGUGUCACACAUUUACAAAAAAAAUAUUCAAAGUGUCAUUUGAAUUAUCUGAUUUUUUUUUUUUUUUUGCUGACACUUGCUGCCAGAAAAAUUCUCAAAGUGAAACUUGUGCCCAUCCAAAGUUGCAUCUACCUUUUUUUUCAUUUUAAGCAAAGUGAGGUUUAAAACUUUUUUUUUUUGUACACCGAGUCUGGAUUUGAGACAUUUACGACUAAUCUCCACUACAGCCAUCACGCCUAAAAACAUUUGGCUACCUCGUAUGUGGUUGUUUCUCAAAGGGUGUAUACUGUUAAAAAAACAAAAAACAGAAGGAAAGCGAGAAUGAGAGACUGGGAGAAAAUGUGCCUAAAGGGACUGUGUCUGCCCCCUCCCCCCAUCCCUCCCUCCCUCCUCCAUGAGCAGAGCUGGAGAAAGGAGACCAGGACACAAUCUAACUACCUUUUGUUAAUUUACCCCCAUAAACAGCAACAAUUUCCCAGAGAGAGAAAGCGAGAGAGACAGAGGGAAAGCGAGCUGUAAAAUCUUUUUCAGAUUUCAAUGGCGCUUUAUGCAAAAAAAAAAUAAUAAAAACCCCGCUUGUGCGCAAGAGCUUUUUUAUGGUUUGUUUUCCUCAUUUUUUAGGGACAAAGUCCAACUUGUAAGCCCUUUAGAGACAUGUUCAAGCUUUGGCCAAUAUAAAGAAGACAAGAUCAUCUGCUUACCCUUAGAAGAAAUACCCAUAGCCAUCCUAUAAUAAUAAUAAUAAUAAUAAUAAUAAUAAUACGGUAGAGGUUUAGGAAUAUUAUAGUGCUACAGUGAAAGAUAAAAAAAUAUGAUCAGGCCAUUAUCAAACACAAUAUAUGUCCAUGUAAGUUUGUUAUAGGUAUAUUCAGCAUUUUUCUAAGGGAUGCUGGUGGAAAUAAAUGUCAGUGGAUGUUG